AUGGCUGGUUUUAAAGACAAAACCAAGAAAAGAGAAUAUGGAGAAGGAAAGAAACCAGGAAUAGAUCUGGUGUUUAAGGGCAUCAAUUAUGACAUCGGAGAGAGAAGUAUUUUGAAGGAUGUUUCUGGUAUUGCAAAGCAGGGUGAUAUGUUGGCCGUCAUGGGACCGAGUGGUUCUGGCAAAACGACGCUGCUUAAUGUAGUUGCUGGACGUAUUGUAGCAGACAGUGGGGAGAUAAGUCUCAGUGGACAACCAAUCAGCAAACGCAUGAGGAAGAAAAUGUGUUACGUUCUUCAACAGGACAUUUUCUACAGCAACCUGACCCUCAGACAAACAUUAACUUACACAGCUUUACUGCGUCUGCCUGAGAAAAUGCCAAAGAAGGAAAAAAUCCGACGAGUCGAGGAAAUAGUAGAUGCACUGGACCUCAGGAAAUGCUUGGACACAAUUAUUGGUGAUGUGUUUCAAAGGGGCUUGUCUGGAGGAGAGCAGAAGAGAGCAAACAUCGCCAAUGAGAUAUUGACAGACCCAAUGCUAAUGUUGCUAGAUGAACCAACCUCUGGCUUGGACUCCAACACAGCCUGCAAUCUGAUGAAGAUCAUGAAGAGUUACACGCAGGUGAACAACAAGACAGUAAUGACAACAAUACACCAGCCCUCCAGCCAGAUAUACCAUCUCUUUGAUAGGGUACUCCUUAUGACAGAAGGACAAGUUGCUUACUUUGGUGAAGGAAGUAAAAUUCUUUCCUUUUUCUCCUCUGUGGGUCUAGAAUGCUCUAUGAACUACAACCCUGCAGACUUUAUUUUAGAAAAGGUUAACGAGGAGAAGGACGUUCAAGAUGCAAUCCUUGAAGCUGCCAACAAAUUAAGGGAUUCAGAAGACUGGCCCGUAGAGCUCCACCAUGACUACAAAACAAAACAGCUGGCCAUUUGUGAUAAGAUGACAAGUGGAAAAAUCAAUGAAGCAUAUAACAUCGAUGAAGUCAAACUUACGAUGGAGGCUACAACUGAGAAGGACACUAUAAAAGAUUCAACAUCUGGCAAAGCAUUGGCAGUUCCAGUUACUGAAUUUGAUGACAAGACGCAAGAACAAUAUGAUGAUGCAAAUUCAAUGUUGAAUGACAAUGAGAAGUGGGUGACGUCAUGGUGGACCCAAUACAGUGUAUUAACACGACGCAAUCUCUUCCAGGCCAAAGACAGAAUUCUUUCCAAGUUCAAUAUUAUCCAAACGAUGUUCCUUGCUCUUCUCACCAGUUUAUUCUGGUUUCAAAUGCCACGUACUGAGGCUACAUUAAAAGAUCGGAUUGGUCUAAUUUUCUUCACAUCGAUCUACUUUGGUUUCUUUUCAAUCAUUGAUGCAAUUACUGCGUUUCCAGAGGACCGAGCAGUUGUGAACAAGGAAAGAUCCAGUGGAGCUUACAGGCUCUCGGCGUACUUCUUUGCAAAAAUGAGUAGUGAGAUUCCACUAAUAAUUGCUCAGCCUUUGGUGUUUGUGUCAAUUGUGUUCUGGGUGGCUGGACUAAAUGGUGUUACGGCGUACUUUGGUGAUUUAGCAGUUAUCAUUCUUGGGGCAAUAACAGCUCAGGGAUUUGGUCUUAUAUUUGGAGCAUCAUUCAAAAUCUUUAAGAUGUCAUUUGUUGCUGGAACUAUGUUUAUGCUGUUCAAUGUUCUAGCAGGUGGUUUCUACACAGUGAACCUUCCUUACUGGAUCGGUUGGAUCAAGUAUCUCUCAGUUGUGCUCUACGUCUACAACAUCCAGAUUACUUAUGAGUUCACGAAUGCUCCUCCAGUGUUGUGUGUGGGAGGAAAUCUGACUUCAUUUCCAGAGUGCCUUAACCCGAAUGUGACUAGCAUAGACCAAUCGGAGUAUCUGCAGUCUAUCAGUAUAGGUUGGCCUCUUUGGGCGAUGCAUCUAGCUCUGUUUGUUUUUCUACUAGUGAGCAGGACUACUGCAUAUCUCAUACUGAGAUUUAAAUCAACAAGAAUAGGGUGAUGUACUUGCAACAGUAUUAUAGGGUGGCUUGAUUGUAUCAUAGAAUGAGUAUGCACUCGCAUACCUAUCAACUAUUUGCAAAUUAAAAACUGUGGAUCUGUAAUGGAAGUACUCAUUUUAUAGAGAAAACAUGCAUUCCCAGUAUCAACAAACUAAAAUGCUCAACCAAAUUGUGUGACCUUUGACUUCCUGGUUAAUUAUCCAUUAUUAGAGACUAUUGAGUUUCGUACCAUGUUCCAAAUUGACAUAAGCACAAACAAUAUUCAUAAUACAUCUAUGUUUGUAUCAAUUUGGGAGCUGAAUUUCUGGAUUUUAAACUUGAAUAUUAAUGUAAAAAUAAUGGCUUGGACAUUUGA